AUGGCCGGCAUUGAGAAGCUCGAGGUCCACAGCAAGUCCUACAUAGUCCGAUGGGUGAGGGUCGACGAAGAUAAUACCCUCUCGUGGAGUGUGCAGCCGAACAAGAAAUCAAUUAACUUCGGUAUUGUUAAACAUCCGGGCAGCGGCGCAACGACAAUCCUCUCCGCGAAUGGCGACGUACUCGAUGGGGCUCCAGUUCAAGGAACCACAGAUGGCAAAGGAGGUCGAUUUCCCAAGAAGGAGACUACCGCGCAAGACUUGUUGACCGGCAAGGGCUUCAUCCCGAUCUCCUGGCAUGGGAAAUGCGAAGCGGACAAGGUCUCCAGAGGCACACAUGAUGUUCAUACAGGCGAAGGCGGCAUGUAUGGCCUGGUUUUCGACAACACUUUUUCGAAGCAAACCUCAAAGACCGCUACAUUUGUGGUUCUCACAUAUCCGACUGGCGCGCCACCUCAGACAACCAACCAUCUGCCGAACCUGCAGUUGCCGAAUGCUCAGAACAGUCAGUCUAGCUUGGGCAAGCAUGGGAGUCCUUAUAAUGAGAAUGGUCCUUCGACCUCGGUUGAUAGUCUUCCAAGUCAUGGCCGCGCGAGGGCGCAAUCUUCAGCUGCAAAGAGUGAUGCUACCGGAGUCCCUCCGAACUAUCAUGUCGGUACACUUUCAAAGAGACGGCGCAAGAAAGGACAGGGCUAUGCUCGCCGCUUCUUCUCACUGGACUACUCAACUUGCACUCUGUCAUACUACUACAAUCGAAACUCGUCUGCCUUGCGGGGAGCCAUCCCCCUCAGUUUGGCUGCCAUUGCAGCAGAUGAGCGAAGAAGAGAAAUCAGCAUUGACUCUGGUGCCGAGGUUUGGCAUCUGCGGGCACCUAAUGACAAGGAAUUUCAGGAUUGGGCACGAGCGCUGGAGCGAGCUAGUCGCCUUGCUCGAGGUCUCGAGACACUGGCAAAGCCCUCAAAACCUAGUUUGAAGCUCGAUGGCCAUGCGCUCAAGAGGACACAAGAUCCAUACCAUAGUGAAACCGUUGAAUGGCAGCAGGUUGAGACCCUUGUCAGUCGUGUUGUGGGCACGCGCGAUGCUCUCCGCAGAUUGACAAAAGAUGUCGCUCAGUUGCCAAAACCUUCGCCAAACGGACAGUUCCUCUCCCCCGGCUUUGGAACCCCCAACGAGGAGAACAAGGACGGUUAUUUCCCUGCGACGGUGGAGAAGAAGCCGUUCUGGAAACGAAAGUCUAGUGCCCCAUCACUGUCAACCUCCCCCAUCCAACAAACCACUCCAUCAGCCCUGGCCGUGCCUUCACUUGCCAGUGCCACUAGCAGUGCGGAAACCGUGACCCGUCAGGCGUCCAAGAGAAGGUCUCGCGGAGUAGCCCAAGAGGAGAAGUCCCUGCAUGAUCACUGCGAGGCUCUACUUUCUGAUCUCGAUUCCGUCGUCUCCGAAUUUACUGCUUUGAUUGUCAACAGCAAAAGACGUCGUUCGCCGCAACCCCCAUCCGCUGGGGGUGCUUCCCGCAUGAGUAUCGAAACGACAUCCACGGACGAAUUCUUUGAUGCUGAGGACGCGAAAUCUGGCGUCGUCAAGAUAGAUGGCAGCGAGGAUGAAUCCGCCGAGACUGAGGCUGAAGAGGAAUCUAUUCACGAGAGUUCAUCCAUAUCCUCAAUCGAAGACGAAGAGGGAGUUGGUACAGAAGGUACUGGUGAUGUUUACCCCGUCAGGCCGAAGAAUCUCACUCCUCUCCCCCUUGACCAAGUCGUCACUCGAAGAACCGGAAUACCGCCAGCGCUUGUCCAACCACCAAGCCUUAUCGCAUUCGUUCGCAAGAACGUCGGAAAAGAUCUUAGCACGAUUAGCAUGCCCGUGUCUGCCAACGAACCCAUAUCGUUGCUUCAGAAGGUUGCCGAGCCACUUGAAUAUGCGCAGCUUUUGGACAAAGCAUGCAGACAGAAAAGCCCAACAGAACGAAUACUCUUUGUUACGGCCUUUGCUGUGUCUCAAUUCAGCGGCGGUCGAGCCAAAGAACGAGCCAUUCGAAAACCGUUCAACCCCCUUCUUGGUGAAACGUUUGAACUGGUCAGAACAAACAAAGACAUUCCUGGGGGGUUUCGACUGCUCGUGGAAAAGGUUCAGCAUCGGCCGGUGAGGCUGGCCAUGCAAGCCGACUCGGCAAACUGGUCAUUCUCGCACUCACCAGCUCCGGGACAAAAGUUCUGGGGAAAGAGCGCCGAAAUCACCACCGAGGGUCGCGUCCGAGUUGUCCUUCGCUUGGCAGACGGCAGUGAUGAGCUAUACUCGUGGAACAUAGCAACCAUGUUCCUGCGCAACGUUGUCAUGGGUGAAAAGUACGUCGAGCCUGUAGGAUCAAUGCACGUAGCCAACGACACCACCGGCCACAAAGCCAGUGUUGAGUUCAAGAGUAAAGGCAUGUUUGGUGGCCGUGCCGAGGACGUCUACGUGACUACAUUCAGCCCAGACGGCAACGACACAGGCAGCGGCCUCGUGGGGACUUGGACCGGUGGCCUCAAAACCAUUGGCCCCGGUAAAGCAGCUAGCGAAGAAAUCUGGGAUGUCGGCAAAAUGGUGGACAACCCAUCUCAAACUUACGGCAUGACGCUUUUUGCAGCGCGUCUCAACGAAAUCACUGAAAUCGAAAAGGGUAAAAUGGCCCCGACAGACACGCGACUCCGUCCAGACCAGCGUUUCGCUGAAAAGGGGGACUUGGACGAAGCUGAGAAGUGGAAACAUAACCUUGAGGAGGCACAGCGUGCUCGGCGCCGAGAAAUGGAGGACAGGGGAGAUACACAUCGGCCCAGGUGGUUUGUGAAGGCAGAUGACAGUCCCGACGGCGAGGAAGUAUGGAAGAUAAAGACGGGCAAGGAUGGGUAUUGGGAGGAACGGGCCAAGGGGAAUUGGAGCGGUGUACAACAGUUGUUUGAUGUGCCCGAGUUGUAG